UCUGCAUCAACCAUUGAAUGGUCAAGUUCGGUUUCUUCUUAGUCUCCUCAGUAAAGUGCAACUUCUUUCGAAAGUGUUCUCCUGUUUCGUUGUGCUUAGUGUGUAAGGCUAUAUAUAGUCUGAAUUACGGGAUAAACCGUAUAAGAAAUCGAUUUUUAAACUGUUGCUUAGAUAGCAGCCAAAUCGUUAUAAUGGCUAAGCCUCCGCAACGCAUAAAUUUAAUGCGUCAAUUUUUUCUAGCGCUAAUGCUAUAUAGCGUUGCUACGGCGAAAGAAACUGAACGCAUUCGUAGACUAGCCGCAGAGUCCGUUACAGAAGCAAUACCAACUGUUAACAAAGAAAACGUUCUUGAACAGAUUUCAAACCCUACAGAAAUACCAGCGUCAAAUUCAAAGACUUCUGAACUAAAUAAUAGUAGUCAUCAGUUUUCUUCGCAAACUGAGACAGUUCUAGUGUCGACUGGUACAGAUCCAAUAAAUACGGCUGAAACUCGCAACUCAGCUUUUGACUUAUCGGCCGCUUCAGAUUUAGACUCGAAGGAAGUGAUCUCCAGCUCGUCGGGUUCUGAAGAGAGUGGAAUUUAUUACGAUAAUGCACCAAUAGAUUGUAAUCCUGAUCUUGUAGGCUUUGAAAUUGUUACAGGAUUUGUGUUCUCAGCUCCUGAAAAGCUUAUGGAUUCCCUACCAGGCACGCUUAUGCUCACUGAUUGCCUGGAUACGUGUAGGAAAAACAAAACCUGUCAGUCAGUUAAUUACGAAACUGGACUUUGCGUGCUAUUUUCAGCCCACGCUGAUCAGUUGCCAGGUGCCCUGACAAAAUCACAAUUUCCCGUAUUUACAAUUUAUGCACAAAAAUCUUGCCUUUCCGUGAAACCCUGUGCCCGAGCGUGGUAUGUCGAUCGUGUUCAAAACUAUAAGCUCAAGACGGAAGUUAAGCGUUCCGUAUCGCUGACGUCAAGGCGCGAGUGCUUUGAACUUUGUCUGAGCGAAACAGAAUUCACAUGCCGAUCAGCUAACUAUGAUCGAGUCUCCGGAGCAUGUGAACUGAGUGAGUUGGAUCGUUUAACAUUGGCUGGCUCGAACGCUUUUCAGACACAAGAGGGAAGCGACUAUCUGGAAAAUCACUGCGUCGACGAACCAAAUAAGUUGUGCGAAUUUAAGCGUCUACCCGGCCGUAUUCUUAAAACAGUAGAUUCUGUAUAUCAGGAAGUGAGCAGUAUUGAUGAGUGUCGAGAGCUUUGCCUCAAUUCCCCUUAUAGAUGUCAUUCUUAUGACUACAACGAUACUGGGGACAUGGUGUGUCGCUUAUCGCACCAUAGUCGUGCCACUCUCGCUGAUGUCCAAGAACCUUUCCUGGAGGUUCCUGAAGCGUCAACAUACGAGCUGACAUCUUGCUAUAACGUGACUAUAGAGUGCGGUGGCGGAGAUAUGCUGGCACGUAUACGCACCUCGAAACUGUUUAAUGGAAAAGUGUACGCCAAAGGUUCUCCCAAAUCCUGCGCAGUUGAUGUUAAGAGCGCACUAGACUUUGAGUUACGUAUGAACUACCAUGAUUUAGAAUGUAACGUACGGCAGAGUAGUUCGGGACGUUAUGUCAAUGAUAUAAUUAUACAACACCAUGACAUGAUAGUAACGUCGUCAGACUUGGGCUUAGCAUUGGCCUGUCAGUAUGAUCUAACAAAUAAGUCUGUUAGCAAUGGCGUUGACCUAGAUGUACGCGGCGAUAUUAUGCCCGCACUUUCCGAAGAGGUCAUUGUCGACUCACCAAAUGUGAUAAUGCGAAUAACCUCCCGAGAUGGCUCAGAUAUGAUGCGCUCUGCUGAAGUAGGAGAUCCACUAGCGUUGAAAUUUGAAAUUGUUGACGAGCAAAGUCCAUACGAGAUCUUUAUUCGCGAGCUGGUAGCUAUGGAUGGCGUAGAUAACUCUGAAAUUACCUUAAUCGACGCUAACGGCUGCCCAACUGAUCACUUUAUCAUGGGUCCCAUUUAUAAGGGGUCUCUUUCCGGCAAGGUGCUCCUUUCCAAUUUCGAUGCGUUUAAGUUCCCUUCAAGUGAGGUCGUUCAGUUCCGAGCACUAGUGACACCUUGUAUGCCAAGUUGUGAGCCAGUCCAAUGCGACCAGGAAGACACCAGCGGCGAAUUUAGAUCAUUGGUGUCCUAUGGUCGAAAGCGAAGGUCCCUUAAUAUAACAGACAAUAUGUCACGUACACGUCGGGAUAUCGAUAUGUCAAUGAAAUCGGCACCCAGUGACAUGUUGCUGGUUCAGUCAAUUCAAAUCACAGACAAAUUCGGCUUUAAACACAAUAAGCAAGAAAGCGGCGAUUAUUAUGAUGGCAAUGAAACAACAUUUACAGCUAGCGAAGAGGGCCAUGGAUUUUGCGUGAACGCAAUUGGUCUCAUUACAGCCGCCACAAUAUUUUUGCUUACUCAGUUGGCAAUUAUAGCCAUUUGGACAUAUUGCUAUCAACGCCGUCAGAAGCUACAACCGUAUCAACAUUCGUACUAAGCCCAACUAUUCUGCUAAUAUAUGUAUACAUAAUUUAUAAGUCAGCUUCAAAAGGUGCAAUCCAUAUUUACGCAAUGUAAUGCUGAAUAUCUGCUAGGAAUACCCGUCGUCCUGAUAUAACAACCGCUAUUUGUCUUAUCUAGUCAGUGCACGAUUUUAGAGAAAUGAAAAUUUUUUGUUUUGUUCGGUGGAAUUCAAACUGUUGGUAAUACAGCCAUUGCGUAAAACAUUUUACUGUGUUAGGUUUUAUAUGUUCUAUCUAACAACUUCCUUACUUAUAAAUGAAGUUUGACUUCUGUAUUGAACUUCCUUUGUGACUUUGGAAAUAAUAUCGUUGAUAUUUGUAAAACAUAUUUAUUUGAGCACCUUAUUAUCUGUGUCGUAUGUGUACUAGUAUAGUUAAGAAAUCUAAUUUAUUUUAUAUAAAUAGCAAUUUUAUGUCUGAUUUAAACUAAUUAUACAAAAA